GGUGUUCUGCAGGUUCUGCCCUUCCCUUCUUUAAGUAUUUCUUACUGACUGAAAAAAAUGCUUUCAUGGAGCAAUUCCAGCGCGACGCCCUUGUCGCAACUUCUGUCCUUCAUCUUUACCUUCCUCUCCUUUCUGCCGCGCACAUCACGAGCUUCAGACUCGGAGUGGAUUGACUAUUCAGCAGACGGAUAUGCCACUAUGACACACUACUCCCUUCCCGAAAACUUCAUUGCAGCAUGCGGGUGUACAACUACCAGCACAAACUAUCCGACCGCUGCCAUGAAUCAGAUGGCAUAUGGCAGCAGUACAUCUUACGGCCCCGCUUGUGGCCAAUGCUUUAAUCUCACCUUGCUAAAUUCCUUCCUUUCCAAUCCUCCUUUCUACCCCAACGUUACAAAGUCAGUGAUCAUUAAAGUUACUGACCUAUGUCCAUUGUCUCAGUCUGGUUGGUGCAAUGCAACUACUCAUGGGCCGAACGCUGGUGGUCACUACGUGAAUUUUGACCUUGCGUGGCCAUCAUCUUCUAUUCCAGAUGAUUUCUUUCCGUCAAAUGCAAGCACUUUAUGUUAUCAGUCCGUAUCCUGUACAAAUUGGGAGGGCUGGAAUCGCGCUGCUGCUCUCGGGAGUGUGGCUAACUUGGGAUACAGCGCAUGCUGUCCUGACAACCCAACCGGAAGUACUAAUGAUACUUGUCCAUCGUAUUCUGACGACAAUGGCAUCCCACCUGACACCCACACCUCUGAAUCUGCUCUAUCUUCAUCAAUCUCACUCUUUCUUGUUCUCCCACUCGCUGUAUCGCUACUGUCGUACUUGUUUUAACUCCUUGGGUUUUCUGGCUUCGCGAAUACCUCGAAUCCGUUGGCGGUGAGCGCGGAUGGUUAUUCCAUUCAGCACGCACUCUUCAUGCGCAUGGUUGAGGAGAUGUCAGGUAUUACUACGAUAUUUGUUCCACUAGCCCUGUCAUGAAAAGACACGGACGACACCCAUGUGCCCAUGUCUUAACAUUCGUUUUCUGCUCAACGUGUCCACCGACGCAGUCUUUGACUCGUUCCUCGGUAGGCUGCGUGCGUUGUCGGCAUUGUAAGGGC